GGGACGAAGAAGAUUGGCGUACGUAAAUAAGCCGAUUCAUAAGACAUCAAAACCUCAACUGAAUUCGGAUAAAAGCAAUCCUAGAAGUAUGUUUUUAUUCCUCCAUUUAUAGCUGGAUUUAGUAUACAAAUUAUUCAUGCAUACGUGUAGUUUUACCAACUUAAUUAGACUUUUUUGUGGUUCUGUGCAUUGCAAUUAAUCGGCUAUAGGCCAGCCAUGCAUCCAAUGAUUCCGUUGACAUUCUCUCUUUUGAGUACUAUCUUCACUUGCUGCAUAUAUGUAUAUAUAUUUUUAAAGGCUCUAAACCUCACCAUAUCAUCAAUCACAUGCAUUUCCCCAAAUUCAUGACUAAUUUUCAGUGGUUCACUUUACUUCAUUGUGUUACAUUAACACAAGAUUGAUCGCAAUUCGUCGCGCCCCGAUCGAGACGGGUCUUUUUUUUUCCCCCCUUCUGCCAAGAAUUAAUAUUUCUCGAGAUCAUAACAAUGUUGCACAUGAGGGCUCCUUCAUUUCUGUUUAUGUCUUUCUUUAUAUUGUUGCUGUUCAUUCAACAAGUGUCUAGUCAUCGUAACCAUCAUCACCGCCAUCAUCAUCAACAGCACCACAAGUUUGUCAUGGCUGCAGAUGCAUCAUCUUCUAGUUCUAAUAGCUCGAGCAAUAAUAAUAAUAAUAAUAAUAAUAAUACUGCUCCUCCUAUGGACACGUCCACUGCCAUUCUCAUUAGGGUGGAUCAAUCAGGAUUAGGUGAUUUUAGCAGCAUUCAGGACGCCAUUGACUCUGUCCCUUCCAACAAUUCGGAGUUAGUGUUUAUUUGGGUCAAGCCAGGAGUAUACAGGGAGAAAAUUGUGGUUCCUGCGGAUAAGCCUUUCAUAACGUUGAGCGGGACAGAUGCCUCAAACACCAUAAUAACAUGGAAUGAAACUGGAAACAUUCAUGAAUCUCCAGCAAUGACAGUUCUGGCUUCUGAUUUUGUUGGCCGCUAUCUAACAAUCCAGAAUACCUAUGGAACGAAUGGGAUAGCCGUAGCGCUGAGAGUAUCAGGGGAUAAAGCUGCUUUCUACGGGUGCAGGAUUCUGUCAUACCAAGAUACUCUGCUUGACGAUGCUGGAAGACAUUAUUACAUCAAUUGUUACAUUGAAGGAGGGGUUGACUUCAUUUGUGGAAAUGCAACUUCUCUGUUUGAAAGGUGUCAUCUUCACACAACUUCGGAGAAAUUGGGAGCGAUUACGGCACAGCACAGAAAUAGUGCGCUGGAGAAUACAGGGUUUAUAUUUUUGGGAUGUAGGAUAACUGGGAAUGGAACCACAGUGCUGGGAAGGCCUUGGGGACCUUAUUCCAGGGUCAUCUUUGCAUUUACUUACAUGUCUGAUGUCAUUGUGCCUCAAGGUUGGAAUGAUUGGGGUGAUCCCAACAAGCAAAGUACGGCUUUCUACGGAGAAUACAAGUGUUACGGACCAGGUGCGGAUAGAUCAAACCGGGUCCAAUGGUCUCACAGCCUAUCUAAUGACGAGGUAGCCCCAUUCCUGAACCGGACCAUGAUCGGUGGCCGUGGCUGGCUAAGACCUGCGCCUAUCCACUUCAGAAACAGAACCGAACCACAUUGACAAUUUUCUCUUCUGGAGAGAAAUGAAGGAAAAUGAAAAAAAGGAGGACGAAAUUUUCACUAACGCGAUUGAAUUAGGAAGGAUAUUCUUGAAGACUACACUUGAUAUUUUUCUUUACCAACACUGCACAGAUAGAUGAAGGGAUUAAUUUAUGUUAGUAUAAAAUCGCGUUCACUUUAUUGUGUACAUAGAACAACCAAUAAAACCGUUUGUUACGUUCUACUGUCAAUUACAUGUCCGCAGGCUUUUUCCCAUUGUUUUCAUUUGAAUAUUCACAAAUCUAAUGACAUAGCUUCUUAAGCAAAACA